CCUUUAAACUAUAAUUCAAUAUUUCUAAACAAAGUAAGUAGGAUUGCAUUAUGAAAUUCCUGUUCUGUUGCACAAGUUCUUUCAGCUCUGUGUCACAAAUUGAAACUGCCAUCGAUGGUGGACAAAACCAUCAAAACUUUCAUGUAUUCUCUUCUAAUGAGCUUAAAACUGCUACUCAUGGCUUCUCUAGUUCGAACAAGAUCGGAGAGGGCGGGUUUGGUUCUGUCUACAAGGGCCGGCUUCAAGAUGGCACUUUUGUGGCUGUGAAAGUUCUUUCAAUUGAACUUGAAUCGAUGAGAGGCGAGAGGGAAUUUAUAUCUGAACUCGCUGCUCUAUCAGAUAUCAAGCAUGAAAACCUCGUUAAACUUAUCGGAUGUUGCAUUGAUGGAACCAGUAGAUAUCUUGUCUAUGAUUACAUGGAGAAUAAUAGUCUCACCCAUUCUCUACUUGGCGGAGAGCAAAACAGGAUGAAAUUUAGUUGGGAAAUCAGGCGGGAUAUCUCGUUAGGAGUUGCUCGAGGGCUCGCCUAUCUUCAUGAGGAGAUUGAACCUCACAUUGUGCAUCGAGAUAUCAAAGCCAGCAACAUACUAAUUGAUCAGAAUUUUAAACCAAAAGUUUCUGAUUUUGGCCUAUCAAGGUUAUUAAGAGAUAACAGCUCUCACAUUAGUACUCGUGUUGCCGGUACAUUAGGCUAUCUUGCUCCAGAAUAUGCCAUUAGUGGACACUUGACAAGAAAAUCGGAUGUUUACAGUUUUGGAGUGCUACUUCUGGAAAUUAUCAGCGGCCGGCAAGUUGUGGUUUUUGAUUUAGAACAAGGGGAACAUUACCUGGUCCAGAAGGCAUGGGAAGUUUACAAUGCUGGCAAUUUGGUGAAAUUAGUGGAUCCUACACUUCAGAUGAACUAUCCUGAAGAAGAAGCCUUUCGAUUCUUCAAGGUGGGACUGCUUUGCGUGCAAGAAAAUGUAAGGCUACGGCCGACAAUGUCAGAAGCUCUCAAGAUGUUGUGCAAUGAAAUGGACAUUCAGGAUGUUCAGAUUUCACGGCCGGGGCUAGUUGCUGAUCUUAUGGAUAUCAAGUUGAGCCAGAAAAUCAUGUCCCAUAGCAUUUCUUCAUCAGGCACAGGCAGCAUUCCAAACAGUACAUCUUUUUGACUGGUAGUUUUUUUUUAGAACACACAAAAAGAAAAAACAAAGUGUUAAAAUUGGAGUCAAGCUUUUGUAUACCAAAGAAGAAAAGGAAUGGUCUUAUAUGUAUAUGCAGUUUGUACAAAUAAUGUUUUUGGCACCGUGUGAAAAAUGAUUGU